AUGUUCCGUUCGGGAUUACGCUGUGGCUGGACGACGGGUGGGAUCACAACGGGCUCGUCAGGGACCGCUUCAUCAGAAGCAAGGUUCUCCACGGUAUCGGGACUGGUCGCAGAUGUCGGGGAAAGUUGCGAAGAUGAGGACAAUACUGCAUCCUGGUCCCUAUGCGACCUCGAUUCCAAAUAUAUCUGGGGAGGAGAGUCAAUGCCAACCUGGUCAACAUCAUCAUCGGCAACAAAAACCUCCCCCUAA